GGAAGGCCUUGAGUCAAUGCCAAUCUCUCAGUAUACAUCAGAAAAUCCACCUUGUCCAAAAUGUCUACCAGUGCAGAAAAUGUGAGAAAGUCUUCAUUCGAAUGUCAUCUUUUUUACUUCAUAAGAAAAUUCACAAUGGAAGGAAAAUACAUAAAUGCAAUAAAUGUGGGAGAGGCUUCAGUAAGAAAUCAGUCCUUGUUAUACAUAAAAGAAUUCAUUCUGGAGAGAAAACUCAUGAAAGUGAGAAGACCUUAAGUCAGAGUUUACAGCAGAGAAGUCACCAUAUAGAGAAUCCUUAUAAAUGCAGAAAAUGUGGGAAAUCCUUUAAUAGGAUUUCAUCCAUUAUGCUUCAUCAGAGAAUUCAUGCUUCAAAGAAACCCUACAAGUGUGAUAAAUGUGAGAAGAUCUUUACGCGGCUUUCAACCCUUACUCUACAUCUAAGAAUUCAUAGUAGAGAGAAACUAUACAGAUGUAAUAAAUGUGAGAAGGUCUGCAACCGGCAUUCAUCCCUUAUUCAACAUCAGAAAGUUCAUACAAAGAAAAAGAAACUGUUUGAAUGUAAGGAAUGUGGGAAGAUGUUUUCCGGAAUUGCCAACCUUAAAAUACAUCAAAACAUUCAUUCUGAAGAGAAACCUUUCAAAUGCAAUAAAUGUAGUAAAGUUUUUGGCCGCCAAUCAUUUCUUAUUGAACAUCAGAGAAUCCAUACUGGAGAAAAACCCUAUCAGUGUGAGGAAUGUGGGAAAGCCUUCAGUCACCGAAUAUCUCUUACUCGACAUAAGAGAAUUCAUACUGAAGAUAGACCCUAUGAAUGUGAUCAGUGUGGUAAGGCCUUCAGUCAGAGUGCACACCUCGCCCAACAUGAAAGAAUUCACACUGGAGAGAAACCAUAUACAUGCAAAACGUGUGGGAAGGCCUUUAGCCAACGCACAUCCCUUAUUCUCCAUGAAAGAAGUCAUACUGGAGAGAAACCCUAUGAAUGUAACGAAUGUGGGAAGGCAUUUAGCAGUGGCUCAGAUCUUAUUCGGCAUCAGAGAAGUCAUUCUUCAGAGAAACCCUAUGAGUGUAGUAAAUGUGGGAAGGCAUAUAGUCGGAGCUCAUCCUUGAUUCGACAUCAGAAUACACAUUCUGAGGAAAAGGCUUAAGAUUGUUUUAAAUAUGUAAAAGCUAAGAGGGAGGCUAGCAAAGUAGCAGAGACAGAGGCAUGGGAAAAUGCAUUUGUCUAUAACAUAAAUUGUGUAAAAAUGGGACAGUUUGAUGAUGUGUCCCACUUUGAAAGCCAAAGAGCAAAAGUCAUUGGUGAUUUUGACCUGAGGAUUUGAAAUCAACUGAGGCAGUGACUUUAUCAUAGGUCUUUAAAAGUUUCAAAAUAGCAAGCUCAGAUGAUUGGAUCAGUCAUUUUUAAUGAAGAGCAUUCUUCAUUUGAUAAAAAUAACUGGUACUUUAUUUCCAGUGUAAUUUUAAAGCUAUUUCAUUGGUUAUAUACAACAAAGUGAAUUGUAAAUCCAUUUUUCUGGAUGGAGCUGUGAGCCUGAUUUAAGGUCACAUGAAGAAAGAGUUUGAGUUUGUCCCUUAUAACUAGAAGUAUCACACAGAAGGGAUUUCCUCACAAACCAGGGUGCCAUUUUCAGCUGACAGAAACUUCUGGUUGAGAAUAAAGAAGAUUGAGUAAAGAUAGCACUCAUAAUUGUGUGGAGCAAUAGAGUCAUUACCAUACUGUCUCUAUGGAUAUGAAGACGUAUGAUCUUAAUGGUGUGAAAAAUCUAACAAGCCUGGGACGAGCUAAUGGGGACAAAAAACCUAGGAUGUACUGAAGAAUGAGGAACUUCAGAACAAGGAGAAAUCAUUUGUUACUGUUUUGUUUGAAAAUGAAUUUAUAUUUAUAUGAAUAAACAUUGGUAUUUUCAUGUGAAAACACUGGUGUGCAACAAGUGAUCGGUGGAGAAUGGGAUGUCAUGGACUGAAUAUGUCCUCCCAAAAUUCGUUUGUUAAAACCCUAACCCCCAAUGUGAUUGUAUUUGGAAUUGAGGCCUUUGGGAGAUAAUAAGGGUUAGAUGAGGUCAUGAGGGUGGGGCCCUCAUAAUAGGAUUAGUGUUUUUAAAGAAGAGACACCAGAGACCUCUGCCAUGUGAGGACACAGCAAGAAGGUGGCUAUCUGCAAGCCGAGAAACUAGCCCUCACCACUAUCCAACCUUGUGGCAUCCUGAUCUCAGACUUUCAGCCUCCAAAACUGUGAGAAAUAAAUUUUGUUUACAUCACCCAGUCUAUGGUAUUUUGUUAUGGCAACCUAAACUAAUACAUGGGAAAAACCCUGCAUUUAUGUGCCAGGCUCUUUCAUGUCAGCUGUUCACCAUAUAUAUAAUAGUUUUCAGUGCUUCUUUCCAAUUUGUGCAAAAUGUGUAAGAAAUAAAAUCAGAAUUCUUUUUUGGAAUUGGGUUAUAUACAGUUGGACUCUUCUGUGUGCGUUUUUCUAUUGCAAAAGCUACUUUUGAAAGCACCUAUAUCUAAGACAACUUUGUGAAAUGUUUGACCACAUGUAUUAGGUCCCUCUAACUUUGACCACAGCUGAGAAGACGACAGCUGGAUUUGUGAAGGGAGCAGGCAUGCAGGAUAAUAGAACAAUUUUCCAUUUAAACUUGUCAUAUCAGUCUGCAAGAUCAGCAUAAAAAAUCAACACUUCAAGCAAAUGGAUGAGCAAACAGCAUAGAGAAGGCUCAUGGAGGGGCAUGUCUUUUCUCCCUAUCCUUCUAUACACACGCCCCUCUACUUUGUUAAGUCCUCUGUCAAUCUGCCAUAGAGGUCAGUUCCAAAUCAAUGGUCACAAACCUAAUAUGUACUAAUAAGACACUGUUCUUGUCUGCAGGCAUUUACAGUUUAGGGAAUACGGGAUAUUUAAAUAUGGAAGCAUAUAAGGUACACAGGUAAUAUAGAGGAUGAUGAACUCCAUGGUGAUGGAUCACUUUUGGAGACAGCGAUAGUAUUAAAGGGAGAAUAGAUAUUUACUAGGCACACAAAAGUUGGGAGGCUAUUGAAGGCAAGAGAAAGUACAGAGGUACAAACUAAAGGCAGAGGGUUGUGGAGUAUUAGGGGAGUUACAAGUUCCAGCAUUUAGUACAGUGACUGGCACAUAGGAAGUGGUAAGCACUCAAUAAUAUUGAAUGAAUGAAUGAAAAUAGUUUAGCUGGCCUGUCUCUAAGGCAUAAUCCAAAGAGAACACUGAAAUUUGAAGGUCACACAGACAUUGAGAUUAACCCAUGGAAAACGUGCCCUCACUCUAAGGAAUCACUAGUGAAUUUUGAAGGCUGUGAUGAACUUAGGGUAACCACAGCAAGGAGCAACCUUAAACCUAGUCCUAUUUUUAAUUAUAUUAAUGAAAACCUCCUACAUGAAAGGCAUAACAGAAGAAAUGACAUGACCGUUCUAGGGCUUAAAUCUGUUUACCUCUGUUUCUACUGUCCUACACAAGAUACCUGGGUUUGGGCAAAAAAAUAAAUAAAAAUUUACAAGACAUACAAAAAUGCAAGAAAAAUCACCACCCACCAAAAGACAAAGCAGUCAAGAACUAGACCCAGACUACCUCACACAGAAUUUUAAAUAAUAUGUUAAAGGCUCUAAUGAAAAAAGUGUACAACAGGCAAAUUAGAUGAGUCAUUUGAUCAGAGAUGGAACUAUGAGAAUCAAAUGGAAAUACUGAAAUGAACACAGUGAAGAGCUGGGAACAAUACUUUCAACAGGCUCAUAGGUAUACUUGACAUAGCCAAGGAAAGAAUAAGUGAACUAGAAGGUAAGUCAAUAAGAAUAGACAAACUGAAACACAGAGGAGGGCAGGGCUGACAAGAACAGAUCGUCCAAGAGCUGUGGGAAAAGAUCUAUUGGUCCAACACGUGCAGAAUUGGAUUCCCGGAAGGAAUAGAGAAAUUGGGUGAGAAGAAAUAUUUGAAUAACGAUGGACACUGACACCAGAACAAAAAUCUAUAAAGCUCAAAGAAUACAAGAAUACAAGGAAAGAUUUUUUUUAAGAUGUUACAUAGGAACAAAAGGGGGAAAAAACUUUUUAUGAAAUUUUUCAUGAAAAUGUCUUUCAGAAUUGGUAGAGAAAUGACUUUCUCAGAGAAGGAAAAAACAGAAAAUACAUUGCCAGAAGACCCUACUCUAAAAGAACUGUUAAAUGAAGUUCUUUAAACAGAAGGAGAUGCACAAAGAAAUAAAGAGAUCUGGAAAUGGAAUAAAUGAAGUGCAGACCCCUCCACUGCUCUGGCUGCAUCUCGGGCCACCCCCCUUGGGCCCCACCACCUCGAGGAGCAAGCCCACCUUUUCCUCCACCGCUGGCACCACAUGACAGAACCUACAUCCUGUGGGCAUCUGCUCGAUGACCUCGUGCUGAGUUCGCCUCGGUCGUUUCUGCCCCAGUAUGUUUGAUUCCCAGUACUCCUGCCACAUUGCCGAAAAAUGGAAUGAACUUUGAGUCAUUUAGAAGAGAACAAGGAGCUAUCUGGAAAAAGCCAAGCCUCUACACAAGCCAACUCAGAGCAUGAACUUUUCUAGGGACCCUUUGGACAGACUGACUCCCAUUACUGAAAUCCCUGUCAUGCCAACAUUUCAGUUUUGGAAUUACAGCUUAGAAGCUUAACAACUUUUCUAUUUAAAUGACAUGGGUUUAAUACAAUUCAUCUACCUGGAAUUAGGAGAGAAAAGAAGAACUUCUAAAGCACAAAUUGGUGAAUGAACUACAUAAGAAGUUCAAGGAUUUAACAGCUGUUAAAUGCAGUCUAAUAAUGAGAUUAUAGAGAAUGAGAAUGAAGGAAAAUUUAUAAGAAAAUAAAUCAUGCAUAACUAUUAAGGUAACUAUAGCAUAAUUAUCUAUAUAUUAAUAUAAGUCUGCAAACACCCUUCCUCUCUUGCUGCUACUUAUCCUGCAUUCAAGCUAAGUUCAUUACCUUUAAAAAACCAAUUUCAUGUCAGUGUGGCUAAAAAAACUCCUGGUACCAUUAACUGCCGUAGGCUGUACAUAAAACUCUAUGGUUAAACUUUUGCAGCCUGAAAACGGUCUUCCUGAGUAUCAUUUUCUAUGUGAUACAUUCCAACCAAAUGUAAGUUUUCAAUUGAAACUCAAGCUAAGAGGCCUUCAUAUAGAAGUAAUUUU